GGUGGCAAAUUCUAUUCGAAGAGUGUUCAUCGCAGAAGUCCCCAUCAUAGCCAUCGACUGGGUCCAGAUAGACGCCAACUCCUCCGUGCUUCAUGAUGAAUUCAUUGCACACAGACUGGGUCUCAUCCCACUCACCAGCGAUGACAUUGUGGAUAAGAUGCAAUAUUCCAGAGACUGCACGUGUGAUGAGUUCUGUCCGGAGUGCUCUGUGGAGUUCACCCUUGACGUCCGGUGCAAUGAAGACCAGACUCGUCAUGUCACAUCUCGUGAUCUUAUCUCCAACAACCCCCGGGUCAUACCGGUGACAUCUCGGAGCAGAGAUAACGACCCCAAUGACUACGUGGAGCAGGAUGACAUCCUCAUUGUGAAGCUAAGGAAGGGUCAAGAACUGAGACUGCGAGCCUAUGCCAAGAAGGGCUUUGGCAAGGAGCACGCUAAGUGGAACCCCACGGCAGGCGUAGCCUUUGAGUACGACCCAGACAAUGCGCUGAGGCACACAGUGUACCCCAAACCAGAGGAGUGGCCCAAGAGUGAGUACUCAGAGAUCGACGAGGAGGAUGCUCAGGCUCCCUAUGACCCCAAUGGGAAGCCAGAGAGGUUUUAUUAUAACGUGGAGUCCUGCGGUUCUCUGCGCCCAGAGACCAUCGUUCUCUCUGCACUCUCUGGCCUGAAGAAGAAACUGAGCGACCUCCAAACCCAGCUGAGCCAUGAGAUUCAGAGCGACGUCCUCACUAUAAACUGAGGUGGCCCCUUGCAAGAGGGUGCUCAGGGGUGAGUGAUGCAGAAGGUCGUUGCCUCCACCUGGCAGCGCUCUGGGCCAAGGCUUUUGUCUCCCCAACUCCCUCUGCCUUUCCUGGCCCAGCUCUGCUGGUUGGUGAUGCCUCUUCCUGGCCCUCCUUCCCAGGGAAAGCCACCGUGAUGUGUAGGGUAAAACAGGAACGGAAUUGGUGAGCCUCUUUGCUGGGACAGGCUUUGUCUCUAAGUGAUCCCAGAGUUUUAGGCCAGAGUUUUGGAUUCUGGCCACGUGGCAUUUGGGAUUGGGAAGAGUGUACCUUGGUUACAUAACCCUACCUUAUUUGCAUGUCCGUUCCUUACUGUGCUGAAUAAAGCCUUACCCCCAA